AUGGAUCAGAGCCCUGCCGCUGUUGUUCUCGCCAUAGUACUGUGUCUGUGUUCAGCGGGGACCCACCCUCUAGCAGGAACAGUGCGCUAUGCUCAGACGGGAGAUACCGUUGUCCUGCCUUGCAGAAAUGCUUCUACGAGGUUCAGAAAAUCGAUAAAUUGGUAUUACAACACAGCCUCUGGGACUCGCUCUACUUUAUUCACUCUUCAAAGCUCUGGCAUAAUUCUAACUGGAGAAACAAAGCUUAAGGACAGGACAGAGAUUGUGAGCAACUCAUCUCUAAGGAUACAUGAAUUGAAAAAAGAUGACUUUGGAACGUACACGUGUGAUGUUUGCAUUGACACAGGCCACUGCAUUACAGAAUCACGGAUUUCCUUGCUUUUAAAAGACCGUGUGACAGGUUGGUCGAGUGGUGAUGUCACAGACCAGGAAGUAACCACACAUAGACAAGGUAAUGCAGCUCCAGCAUUGGAUCCCAAUACCACAGAGACAGUGUAUGUCACGGAGGGAGAAUUCGUUCAGCUUCCCUGUGUUGGGAUAUCAAACCGAACGGAAGGCAGGCAUGUGGAAUGGUCAUUUCAAGCGAUUUGGGAUCAGAGCCAAACCCUUCUCAAUGUGUCUGCACCAGCGCACCCCACAGCCAACCCCAGAGAGAGAGUGAGUCUGCUGCCCAAUGCUUCCCUUCUCAUCCAGGGAGUGCAGAGGCCCAACACAGGCACUUACCACUGCAGGGGGGACCAGCAAGAGAAAUACCACAUGCUUACUGUGUGUGUUUUAACAGUGAAAGCGAACACGUCUAGCCCUGUUUCUAAAGGCACAGAGGUCAGUGUGAGCUGCUCCCUGCUCUGUGGUCACACUCCCCAGGACGCUGUGCUUCAGUGGAUGGACAGUAAUGGGACCCUGCUGGAAUCACACACAACUCUUUCUGCUGGUCCCAGUGCAGAGCUGGCGAUUCCCAGUGCCUACAAUACAACCCUGAGGUGCCGAUUACAAGUUAAAGAACGAGAGAGAGCCAGCGUGGAAUACACCAUACCCAUCCAUGUAACAGAAGAGCAGAACAGGAUUGCGAGCAAUCAGACUGUCCUCCUCCCUGUGCUGCUGGGAAUAGCUGCUGUUUGUGUAGCGAUCGUUGCCGUCUUAAUCCUGCUUUUCAGAGGCAGAAAAACAGGAGACAAAGAAAAUGAUGUCGUUGGUGUUGAGCUGAAUUCUGCAAGCCAAGUCCACGAGGAGGAAUGUGAAAUUACUUACGCUGCACUAGAAAUUAGAGAGCCAGCCAGCACCAAGAGGAGAGGAAAGAUCCACCAUGAAGUUAUUUACUGUCAAAUUGAAAUAAACAAACUGUGAAGAAUG